UGUGGCCUCAGGUAGUUGAGUAGCAAGGGGCAGGGCUAUCCCACGGGCUUUGAAAAGGAUAAGAUUUCAGACUUUUAUUUACUUCUUGGGAGUGUGGGGGGAGCGUCAGGCAGAACCGAGGAGCAGUGAAUCAGCAACUCGAGUUUCUUGAACCUUUGAUGAUGAGGAAGGUUGCCCAGAGCCACGUGCUGAAUUAAAAAUCUUACAUCAGCAUCUUUUCCAAGCCCAAGCAGCUCCAUUCCUACCUUUCUCACUAGUAGAGUUGCAUAGAUGUAGUUAAGAUAGGCAGACCCUUUGUUAUGUGCCAUUUCACAGGUCUGUAGUUAUUACAGUUUCUUAGUUUAUUAUUUAACAACUUAGUGGUAAACCUUUUUUUCAUUGUAUAAUUAUGAGAUUAUUCUGAGACAAGAUAAAUUGGUCCUUUUGACAACAGAGAUUACGGAGUAUGAGUUGUAAAGAUUUGUUGACUACCCUCAGUUUAUAGCAUAGCAGGAUUACUGAUGAUCUGGAGACUGAAGAACAUUUUCACUUUCAACCUUUUCAUAUUUUAGGAUAUAAGUUUAAUGUUCAUUGGGUUUUAUUUGAUUAGUUUAAAUUGACCAGGAGUUUUUCCAGUACAUUUCAUCCUGUAUUUAGUAAACUAAAAUUUUAAGAGCAGUUGAUGUUUGCUUUGUAACAUCUAAGCUUCUGGUUCACUGUUAUUACUCAGGGUAAUUCUUUAGAGUUUUGCUAAUUAAAUCAAACGGAAAUAUGAAUAACUCUCCUCCCUUUCUUUUCUUCCCUCCUUCCCUCCUUGUAUGUAGAACUGUCAGGACCAUAAGCAGACAAUUAAGUUUCAGAAAGGGCUUUAUUUACCACUCGUCCUGUUUCCAACUCUUCUAUGUAGGUGAAAUCACGUUAAAAUGAACAUUACAGAAAUCUAUCACAAGGAAAUGAAGUAGAGAUUGAAAAGAACCUGUAGUAUGAAAGUCAAGAAAAAGACUAUGGAGUAGUUUUACUCUCUUUACCUUGCAAAUGAGAGUCCUUAGAGAUGAUAUUUUGGGAUUAAAGAAAGAGGUUUGGGGCAUGUUUUCAUUCCACAUAAAGUAACCGAGUGUCACAAAAUCAAAAGAAAUGAAUGUGAACAUUCUGGGGGUUUUUGGGAUAACGUUCCAAAUUAAAGACUAACCUUUCAAUAUGUUCUUCUCAUUUUUAGAUAGUGAAUUCCCAAGAAGAAAAAAAUGGAUUUCAUAUUAGUUAUUCUCUAAAUGUUUGGACUCAGCAGCGUAUAGGUUUGUUGCAAAAGCUAAAAGAAGAUGGCAACUCCUUAUGUCCCAGUUCCUAUGCCCAUAGGGAACUCUGCUUCCACUUUUACAACCAACAGAAACCAAAGAAGUUCUUCUUUUGGGAGUAUCUCAACAAGUUCAAACUCUUCCAAAGGCCAGUUAGAGGACUCAAAUAUGGGUAAUUUUAAACAGACAAGUGUACCUGAUCAAAUGGAUAGUACUUCAUCUGUCUGUAGCAGUCCCCUCAUUAGGACUAAAUUUACAGGUGCAGAUUCUUCCAUUGAGUAUUCUACUAGACCAAGAGAAAGUGAGGAACAAAAUCCUGAAACAGUGUGUUUGGAAGAUAGACCUUCUACACCUACUAUAUUGGGUUAUGAGGUGAUGGAAGAAAGAGCCAAAUUUACCGUUUAUAAAAUACUAGUAAAGAAAACCCCAGAAGAAAGCUGGGUGGUUUUCAGAAGAUACACUGACUUCUCUAGGCUUAAUGAUAAAUUAAAAGAGAUGUUUCCAGGCUUUCGAUUAGCACUUCCACCAAAACGCUGGUUCAAAGAUAAUUACAAUGCCGACUUUUUAGAAGAUAGACAAUUAGGAUUGCAAGCGUUUCUUCAAAAUUUAGUGGCUCACAAGGACAUUGCUAACUGCCUCGCAGUGAGAGAAUUUCUUUGUCUGGAUGAUCCGCCAGGUCCAUUUGAUAGCCUAGAAGAAAGCAGGGCUUUCUGUGAAACUUUAGAAGAGACAAAUUACCGUUUUCAAAAAGAACUACUUGAAAAACAAAAAGAGGUGGAAUCACUGAAGAAACUGCUCAAUGAAAAGCAACUUCAUAUAGAUACUCUAGAGAACAGAAUUAGAACAUUGUCUUUAGAACCUGAAGAAUCACUGCUCAUAUGUGGAACGGAAGGUGGACACAUCCCAAAGGUGGAGUCCUCUGCACCUGAAGUUGAUAGAGAUGAUUUACAUGAAGAAUCUAGAGCUGAUGAUAAGCCAUGCUUAAGUUUGAGUGAACCUGAAAAUUCUGUAUCAGACAUAGAAGUAGCAGAAGUGGCAUACAGUGCUGAGGACGACUAACUGCGAGCAGUUCCUUCCAUUUCUCUGUUUCGGCAAAUUUAGAAUAGAGUGGGAAAUAGUUAAAAAUAAAAGAAAGACUGAAGCAUUUACAGAAAACAAAAAGAUUGCACAUGUAUAAAGUUUACAUAAAGAAAAGUUUUUUAAGUUAUUGGGAUAGGAAAUGUAUUCAUUGCUGCUUUAAACUAUCUUUUAUCCAACCUUUGUAUUUAAUACACCAAAAAAAAAUCUAGUUAGAAUUCUGUUAUCAAAACUAAAUUCUUAAAUAAUGUGCAUAAAUUAUUUUGGCUUUUUGCCAAUAUAUUGCUCCAAACUAAUGUGUGUAUGUGCGCGUGUGUGUGUGUGUGUGUGUGUGUGUGUGUGUGUAUGCGUGUCUCUGUUUGUGUUUAAAUUGCCAAUUAUAUCAGUUAAGUGGACAUUAAAUGCAUGUUGCUAUCUGGUUGAUAUAUACUUCUUUGUAUCUCUGACAUGAUAUAUUUUCAUUAGUGGUUUAAAUCAGUGGUAAAGAUGAAUUAAGUUUUAAAUAUUGAUAUGUUUGCCAUCUGUAAAUAAAAAUUGCCUGUUGCAAUGUUAUUGCUAUUUAAAAAGAAGAAAACUUUCUAAUACCAAAGGAAAACUAUUUGAAAGAGCUAUAGUAACAUAUAAUAGCAUAGCUAAAGUGAUAAAAUAGCCUUGAUUUUAAAAGCUAACUCAUUAUCAGAAUAUUAUAAGUGUCCUAGUUUAUUAUAAUAUGUUGUACUGAUUUUCCACAUAAUCUUUAUCUUAAAUCUCUACCUGUAGAAUCAGUGAGUUUGCCUCUUUCAGAAUACUACCUCUUUUUGCUAAUCAAAAUAUACUCUUUUGAAAAUAUUGAUUCUAAGCAAAAGGGAGUUAUAAAAAAAAAAAACACAAAAUAAAAAGCCAUAUAUACUAUAAAGUUCCUAACUAUAUUGACUCCUGGGAUUGUAUUUUUAUCUCUGCAUAUGUGAAUAUGUUGCUAUAAUGUAUUAAGGCUGAUUUUCCUUUUAAUAUAUUUAGCCAAGUGAUGCACUUUAUGAUAAUUAAACUCUUUUGUGCCAAGUUUAAUUGGUGAAUUUCUUUAGUAAGUGGAGUUAGGAAGAACUUAUGUAGUGCCUUCACUGUUUCACUUUUAUACACCAGUCUGCUAGAAUCUGUGUCAGCUUUAUGAAAAAGUGUUUAUUUCAGAUUUGCUUAUAGUUGUUCAAAGUGCCUUGUUUCGUUUUUAUAAUAUGUAGUUACUCAUUUAUUUUCUAUUUCCACUGCUUUGCAUAUUGCUGUUAAUAAGUACUGUGAUCAUGCUAGCAUUCUGAAAUUCCACUUGGUUUUUUGAACUGCAUGUGCUUUCUAAAAGCUGAGGGAAACUUACUAGGGAAAUAGAAUAACGAUCUCCAGUUUUGUUUCCUUCACUAUCUAAAAGUUUAUCGGUAUCUUGAUGUACAUAUUAAAAUGUGGUUGUUUAAAAUUCUACUUAAGUAGAUAAAAGAUCAAUUGGCCAAUUGGCUAUUGUCAACAUUUGAUCUAAAAAGGGACUGCUUUUUACCAAAGGACCAAAAAUUGUAAAAAAAAAAAAAAAAAAAAACCUUUGUCCAAAUGCACAGGUAUGUUUUGUCUCAAAAUAUAUUCCACAAAGUAUACUAGAAAUGUGUUUACUAUCUUGGGAGAUAGAAAGAAUAUAAUAAACUAUUCUAUCUGUUCAUUUCAAAUAUUCUAGGCCUAAAAAGGCGUAAAAAGAACAAUCAUUUAAAUUAAUAUCAUUUUUAGUCGAAUAAAACAAGAUGAUCUUUGCUGAAUUUUAGACAUUAUAGUGCUAUAUUCAUGUCUGCUUUAAAGUGAACCAUACAUUUUCAAAAUCUAGCCUUUAAGAACAUUGUAUGUAAAGUUUUGGAUGAGUAAAGAAAAACCCUUGUUGAUAAGCCACUAUUAUUUAUAUUUAGAAUUUACUUUUUUUUUUUUACUUUUGUGAUGCAUUUUAUUCCCAGUAUUAUAUUCAUUUAAUAAAUUAUUUUUUCAGUACAGCAGUAGCUAUGUUGUUUAGAUCUUGAAUACCAUUUUCCCCCUUCAAUUUCAAUGUUCUCUCUAUCCCUUACAAUUAUUGUAAAUUUAAUUAUACUUAACUGCUGCAUUUCACAGACAUGGAAUGAGUUUAUGAUUUUUUUAAGUUUAUACUUCAUAUUACUGAUAAUUUUAAGUCUUUGUGAAUAGGUGCAGUACACUUCAUAUGUAACCAAUAUUAAUAAAAAAAAUUGAACAUAA